AUGUCUCUGGGGGUAUGUAGUACCUGUUAUGCCCAGCUUCUUCUCCAACUGAACCUGUCUCCUUCUGGGUGGAUGGAAGGGUCUCUCUCCUCCCUCUCCCUCCACACACAGAUGCUCCCCCCCUUCCUCCCUUUCCCACCUUGCCAUCCUCCCUCCCCUUCUUCCUGGAGCUUGGCUGGGAAACGAAUGUUAAUUGGUUGUAACCUGAAUGGUGGAAAGAGACCUUGGCCCACAACACAGCAACGCAUCCGCAGCGGUGGCAGCAGCUGUUUGACCGUGACCUUGGCGCUGGGGACGGGUGCUGCAUUGAAGGCCCCCGGAGACUACAGUGCUCCGAUAUUCCAGGGAGAAGGGUCCCAUGCUGCCGAGCGGCUCCGUUACAUCCUGGGGGAGGAAGAUGGCGUUCCCACCCCUACCCUCUUCACUGAGAUGGACACCCUGCAACAUGAUGGUGAGGAGAUGGAGUGGAAAGAAUCAGCCAGGUGGGUAAAGUUUGAAGAGAAGGUUGAAGAAGGAGGUGAGCGCUGGAGUAAGCCACAUGUGUCGACAUUGUCUCUGCAUAGCUUGUUUGAACUCCGAACCUGCCUCCAGACUGGAACCGUGCUCCUAGAUUUAGAUGGCUGCUCCUUACCGCAGAUCAUAGAUGAUGUUGUCGAGAAGCAAAUAGAAGAUGGACUCCUGAAGCCAGAGCUGAGAGACAGAGUCUGCUACGUCCUCUUGAGAAAACAUCGGCACCAGACCAAGAAACCCAUCCACCGCUCCCUGGCAGAUAUUGGAAAAUCUGUCUCGUCCCCUUCCAACCGGAGCCCGGCCCGGACCCCUAUGGUGCCUGGCCCCAACUUGCACCACUCCACCGAAGACCUGCGGACCAGGCAGAACGCCAACUACGGACGGUUGCGUCACACCCAGAGCCGGAGCAUGAAUGAUAUUUCGGACACCCCAAACCCAAAUCAGCUGAAAAACAAAUUCAUGAAGAAGAUUCCCAAGGACUCAGAAGCUUCCAAUGUGUUGGUGGGAGAGGUCGACUUCUUGGACCAACCUUUUGUUGCUUUUGUCCGUCUCAUCCAGUCUACCAUGCUGGGAGGUGUGACAGAGGUGCCUGUUCCUACCAGAUUCCUGUUCAUCCUACUAGGCCCUCACGGGAAAGCCAAGUCCUACACCGAAAUUGGCCGGGCCAUUGCGACCCUCAUGGUCGAUGACCUUUUCAGUGAUGUGGCCUACAAAGCCCGAAACCGAGAUGACCUGAUUGCUGGCAUUGACGAAUUCCUAGACGAGGUAAUCGUCCUCCCUCCUGGAGAGUGGGACCCAAAUAUCCGGAUUGAGCCCCCAAAGAAAGUGCCUUCUGCUGACAAGAGAAAGUCUGUGUUCUCUCUGAACGAGCUGGGACAGAUGAAUGGAUCCGUGGGAGGCGGAGCUGGGGCUGGGGCUGGAGGAGGCGGCGGGGCAGACGGUGGUGGUGAGGAUGGCGAGAUGCCAGCUGUGCACGAAAUUGGAGAAGAGCUCGUCUGGACCGGGAGGUUUUUCGGGGGCCUGCGCCUGGAUGUUAAGAGGAAGCUGCCCUGGUUCCCGAGCGACUUCUACGAAGGGUUCCACAUCCAGUCCAUCUCCGCCAUCCUCUUCAUCUACCUUGGCUGCAUCACCAACGCCAUCACCUUUGGCGGGCUUCUGGGGGAUGCCACGGACAAUUACCAGGGUGUGAUGGAGAGCUUCCUGGGCACUGCAAUGGCCGGCUCCUUGUUUUGUUUCUUUGCCGGACAACCCCUCAUCAUUCUCAGCAGCACGGGGCCCAUUCUGAUCUUUGAAAAACUCCUGUUUGACUUCAGCAAGAGUAACAGCAUUGACUACAUGGAGUUCCGCCUCUGGAUAGGCCUGCACUCUGCCCUGCAAUGCCUCAUCCUGGUGGCGACGGAUGCCAGCUUCAUUAUCAAGUACAUCACCCGCUUCACUGAGGAAGGCUUCUCCACCCUCAUCAGCUUCAUCUUCAUCUAUGAUGCCAUCAAGAAGAUGGUCAGUGCCUUCACUUACUACCCCAUCAACAUGGACUUCAAUCCUGACCUCAUCACCACGUACAAGUGCGAAUGCGUUGCCCCUGACACAGCAAAUACAACAACGUUCGAUGCUUCAGCUCCACUGGCAUCAAACAACACUAAUAUUUCUCUGGAUGAUCCCCUUAACCUGACAGCUCUGGACUGGUCCCAGCUGAGCAAGAAGGAGUGCCUGAAGUACGGAGGGAGCCUUCUGGGGAACUCCUGCCAGUUUGUCCCAGAUCUGGCACUCAUGUCCUUCAUCCUCUUUUUCGGGACAUACUCCAUGACCCUGUCCCUGAAGAAAUUCAAGUUCAGCCGCUAUUUCCCUACCAAGCUGCGCAAGCUCAUCAGCGACUUCUCUAUCUUCAUGUCCAUUUUGGCCUUCGUGGCUCUCGACAGCUUCUUUGGGCUCAAUACCCCAAAGCUCCAGGUGCCAACGGUUUUUAAGCCCACCCGGGCGGACCGAGGCUGGUUCAUCUUCCCCUUCGGGAAGAACCCCUGGUGGAUUUACCUCGCCAGUGCCCUCCCCGCCCUCCUGGUGACCAUCCUGAUCUUCAUGGACCAGCAGAUCACGGCGGUCAUCGUUAACCGCAAAGAGAAUAAAUUGAGGAAGGCUGCAGGCUACCACUUGGACCUGUUAUGGGUGGGCAUCCUCAUGGCCGUGUGCUCUUUCAUGGGCCUGCCCUGGUAUGUGGCUGCCACUGUCAUCUCCAUAGCCCACAUCGACAGCCUCAAGAUGGAGACGGAGACCAGUGCCCCUGGCGAGCAGCCACAGUUCCUGGGGGUGAGGGAGCAGAGAGUUACAGGCAUCAUUGUCUUCAUCCUGACGGGAAUCUCUGUCUUCUUGGCUCCCAUCCUGAAGUACAUCCCGAUGCCAGUGCUCUAUGGGGUCUUUCUCUACAUGGGUGUGGCCUCUCUGAAUGGGAUCCAGUUCUGGGAACGCUGCAAGCUCUUUCUGAUGCCCGCCAAGCACCAGCCCGACUAUGUGUUCCUGCGCCACGUGCCUCUGCGUCGGAUUCAUCUCUUCACCCUGGUGCAGGUCCUCUGCCUGGCCAUUCUCUGGAUCCUCAAGUCUACCAUGGCUGCCAUCAUCUUCCCUGUGAUGAUCUUGGGUCUCAUCAUUGUACGAAAGCUGUUGGACCUGGUCUUCUCUCAGCAUGACCUGGCCUGGAUUGACAACAUCAUCCCGGAGAAGGAGAAGAAGAAGGAAGACGACAAGAAGAAGAAGAGGAAAGGGGCCCAGGACAGAAGUGGCAGCAGCAGCAGUGAGGAGGAAAAAGAGCUUCCAGCUGGAGUUAUUCCCUCUGAUCCCUUCCUUAGUGAUUCCGACGCAGAUCGAAGUAUCACCUUACACUUGAAGAUAUCCUGCCCCCCUUCACCUGCCUUCAACUACUCCCGGAGCCUAGGUUUUCCAAUGCCACAAGUGAAGAUUGAGAUGGAGUCGGACUAUGAGCCGGGAAAUGGAGAGAAACAUCUCAGAGACAUUGGCAGUGAAACCACACUGUAG